AUACCGUGAACCUGCACCAUCUCCGUCUGAAACCCGACAACUUAACCAGCUGCAGGACACAAUGCACCAAAAGUGAAAGGAUCUGCUGCUUUGGAUCAGUUUGGUGAUGGUGAACAAGUGUUUCCUGAGGACCUGAAAGAAGACUGGAUGUGGUUGUAGCUAUGGGUGAGUCAGGGUGGGGGGUGCGGUCCCUCUCCCCCUGUGGCCUGCUGCUGGUCGUCUGUGCGUCCGUCUGUCUGUCCCAGCAGCCCAACAUGAAGCCAGCAGAGUGCAGCAGGAAGGAGCAUCCUGUCGUCUCUCACCAAGCGCUGAGGCCGUGGAUGUUCGAGUUCUCCCAUCCAGGAGUGAAGGAUUACUCCCAGCUGGCUGUGGACCUGAGCAGGAACCAGCUGAUUGUGGGAGCCAGAAACUUCCUCUUCACACUGAGUUUGAGCAACGUCUCGCUCAUACAGGCGACAGAAUGGGCACCGGAUGAAGACACAAAGCGCUCAUGUCAGAGCAAAGGGAAAUCAGAGGAGGAGUGUCAGAACUACGUCCGGGUUUUGUUGAUCAGCGGGAUGACGCUCUUCACUUGCGGCACUAAUGCUUUCACCCCCGUCUGCAUGACCAGGCAGGUGGGUAACGUCAGUGUGGUUUUGGACACGGUGAACGGUGUUGCCCGGUGUCCGUACGACCCGCGGCACAACUCCACCGCCAUGGUGACGGAGCGAGGCGAGCUGUACGCCGCCACGGUGAUCGACUUCUCGGGACGCGACCCCGUCAUCUACAGGAGCCUCGGGAACAUGCCGCCUCUACGCAGCGCUCAGUACAACUCCAAAUGGCUCAACGAGCCUCACUUCGUGUCGGUUUAUGAGAUCGGUCGGUUCACCUAUUUCUUCUUGAGAGAAACAGCGGUGGAGAACGACUGUGGGAAGGUCGUGUUUUCUCGCGUGGCUCGGGUCUGUAAGAACGACAUGGGGGGUCGUUUCCUGUUAGAGGACACGUGGACCACCUUCAUGAAAGCCCGACUCAACUGCUCUCGCUCUGGAGAAAUCCCGUUUUACUACAACGAGCUGCAGAGCACCUUCUACCUCCCAGAGCAGGACCUGAUCUACGGCAUCUUCACCACCAAUGUGAACAGCAUAUCAGCUUCUGCCGUCUGCGCCUUCAACCUGAGCGCCGUCACUCAGGCCUUCAACGGGCCGUUUCGUUACCAGGAGAACCCCCGCACCGCCUGGCUCUCAACCCCAAACCCCAUACCCAACUUUCAGUGUGGGACGCUGGAGGAGGGCGGCCCGGGGGGGAACCUGACGGAGCGCAGCCUGCAGGACGCCCAGCGGCUCUACCUCAUGAACGACGUGGUGCAGCCGCUCACCGUCAACCCUCUGCUCACUCAGGACAACCUGCGCCUCUCCAAGCUGGUGGUGGACAUCGUGCAGGGCCGAGAAACCCUCUACCACGUCAUGUACAUCGGAACAGAAUACGGCACCAUCCUGAAGACUCUCUCCACAUCCAAUAAAAGUCUCCAAGGCUGCUACCUGGAGGAACUCAGGCUCCUCCCCCCGGGGAAGAUCGGACCAAUCAAGAGCCUGCAAAUCCUCCACAGUGACAGAUCUCUGAUUGUUGGGCUGGACGACAGACUGGUGAAGAUCCCGUUAGAGCGCUGCUCCAGCUAUCCAAGUGAAGUACACUGCUUGGAAGCUCGGGACCCGUACUGCGGCUGGGAUCUCAAACAGACACGCUGCACCACCAUCGAGGGGAGCUCCAACAUGAACCAGUGGACCCAAAACAUCACCCAGUGCCCAGUGAGGAACCUGACCCAGGAUGGAGGUUUUGGUACGUGGGCGCCGUGGCAGCCUUGUAACCACGAUGAUGGCGAGGGAUCCGUCAGCAGCUGUGUGUGUCGGUCUCGCUCGUGUGACGGACCUUUGGCCCGGUGUGGCGGCGUCGAGUGUAAAGGACCGACCAUCCAGGUGGCAAACUGCUCCAGGAAUGGCGGCUGGACCCCCUGGUCCUCGUGGGGUCAGUGCAGCAGCAGCUGUGGGAUCGGGUUUGAAGUGAGGCAGCGCUCCUGCAACAACCCCUCGCCUCGACACGAGGGGCGAGUGUGUGUGGGCCAGGGGCGAGAGGAGAGGCUGUGCAAUGAGAAGAAGCCGUGUCCCCUGCCGGUGUCGUGGACGGCGUGGGGCCCCUGGGCUCACUGCAGCGCUGAGUGUGGAGGGGGGGUCCACUCCAGAACCAGAACCUGUGAGAACGGCAACAGCUGUCCUGGAUGUUCAAUGGAGUAUAAGGCCUGUAACCUGGAGGCGUGUCCUGAGGUGCGGCGUAACACCCCCUGGACCCCCUGGAUGCCGGUGAACGUGAGUCAGGACGGGGCGCGGCAGGAGCAGAGGUUCAGGUACACCUGCCGCGCGCUGCUGCCCGACCCCCAGCAGCUGCAGCUGGGCAAGAAGAAGCUGGAGACCCGGUUCUGCCCCAACGACGGGUCCGGAGCCUGCCAGACCGACUCUCUGGUUGAAGACUUGGUGAAGACUAGCGGGCGAACUCCAUCUCAGCCCCAAGGUGUGCGCUGGGGAUUGUGGGAAACGUGGUCCAGCUGUUCUCAGCCGUGUUCCAGAGGCUUUAGGACCCGGAAACGAAGCUGCUCCACAUCAGAGGGCCGGACCAACCCCAGCGCCUGCGUGGGAUCACCUGUGGAGUAUCAGGACUGUAACGCUGAGCCCUGCCCAGUGAGUGGGUCCUGGUCCUGCUGGUCGUCCUGGUCCCAGUGCUCGGCCAGCUGUGGGGGGGGGCACUACCAGCGGACUCGGACCUGCAGCAACCCCCCCCCUGCCAGCGGAGGAGACAUCUGCAUCGGCCUGCACACUGAAGAGGCGCUCUGCAACACACACACCUGUGAAGAUUGGGGUGAGUGGACGGUUUGGGGGGACUGUGAUGACGAGGGUCUGCAGCAUCGCACCCGUCAUUGUGGGGAGGACCAGGGGCUCGAGGGCGGUCUCUGCCAGGGGAACAUCACCCAGGCCCGGCCCUGCCAGCCUCACGAAGUCCCCGUUAUUCUACCUGGGCAGGAGGAGCAGAGCUGUGGAACCUUCACUUUGUUCCAGUUAGUCGCCGUGGGCUCAGCCAGUUUCUUUGCGGCGGCGUUGCUCUCGGCUCUGGCCUACAGCUACUGCUACCAACUGAACCGAGCGUCCGCAGAGUCCGCCGUCAUCCACCCCAGCACCCCCAACCACCUGACCUACAACAAGCAGGGCAACGCCACGCCAAAGAACGAGAAGUACAUCCCCAUGGAGUUCAAGACGUUAAACAAGAACAAUCUCCACGUGAACGACGAGACGUGCAACCACUUCCCCUCCCCGCUGCCCGCCAGCAACAUGUUCGCCACCACCUACUACCCCCCCAGCCUGGGCAAGUACGACUUCCACCCAGACUCGCCCUGCAGGACCUACCUGCACAGCUGAGAGGAGGCUCUGAACACAAAGCACCCCUCUUUCACUCUCACAAGACCCCACCAUGAAGUGUUUCCUCACUCAUAGAAAUACGAGUUGCUACUGUACAGCAUGCAAAGAAAAUAAGGUUUGGAGCAUACACCAUUUAAACCAAUUACACUUUUUGUCCCUUUCUUCCUAAACUCUAGCUACCAAUGUGGAGGAAAUCCUUGAAAGCCAUUCAAAGGUUUGGUCACAUGAGACACAAUCCUCAUAAGUUGCUGCUCGUAGUUUAAUAUUCUUCAAAAAGGGUGUUAAAUCACAGUAUAAAGAAUAGUACAUUCUGCAGGACUCGACCUAAAUGCAUAGCAAAUGUGACCGCACCUUGAGUGUCCUUUUAAGUUUUCCGCAUUCUUCAAAUACACUCACAAAGUCUCCGGUUGCCAUGAAAGCUGGCGGGCUUUUUGUUCUUGCCUAUUCUUCAAAAUAAUUGUGGAUAAUGAAACCAACACUCACAGAACUUUCCCUUACUUCACCACCUUGUUUGUGCUCAGUGUGAAGGAUCCAGACUUCCUGAACGAUGUUUUUAUCUGGAUGUUCACCGGACUGAGAGGAGACCCAUCUGCUAGUUUGGGGAUUUUCCCUUUCCCUCAUGUUCAGCAGGUGGGUUCAGAGGACUCAGUAAUAAUGUAGAAUAUUUACCCUGGACACAUAAGACUGAUAUCUGUGAUGAAAACCAGAGAACUGAAAUGAUUUGUUGUGAGAAACAUCACCAUUCUUCAUCCAACGCAGUGUGAAGAAGCAAAGAAAUUACUUUUUUUUUGCUUUAAUGUUCAUAUUUAGCAGAAACAGCAACGGAAAAGACACUGAAGAAGACAUUUCUGACACUGCUCACUAACGUAUGUGCUGUACAUUGUAAAAAAUGAUGUGUUGACUUUUCUGUUAAUUAUUUUCCGUAUGUUCACAGAUGUCACUGUAUCAUAUUUGAUCGAUUUUGGGGCAUUUUCUGUCGGUCACAUUCAUAUUUCCGGGACAUGGCAAACAGAAUUGUCUUAGAUAGAAUAGAAACACUUUAUCAAGUACAUUUGUUUACAUCAAAUGUCUAUUCUCCAUAUAUGUUAAAUAUAUUUUGCACACUUGACGACAUAAAUACUUUCAGGAAACUUCUUGGAAAUUAUUCUGACUCUUAAAGGUGGGGUAGGUAAUUUUGGAGAAACCAGCUCGAGUGCGCUAGAAUUUGAAAAUACACAGCCGGAAA